AAAGCAUACUAAACAAGAGAGACGAUCAUACUGAAGCGAGCAGAGGCAUGGGGAUACUUCCCCGUUCUCCGUCUCCUCUGUGACAACCUCAGCUGAAGGAGGAUCUGGAGGGCACCUUGACCCAUGGACACACAGUCCUCCACGGAGAAGAAAAUCUUGCAUGUACCACCAACCCUUCCAUCACCGUUUUUCUGAAUGCCGGUGUUUUUGUCCCUGGAAUUCCUUUUUUUCCAGACAAAAUAACCAAGCAAUAGUGAAAGGAGGUGUGUGUGUAUAUGCAACCCUUGCUGGAGGGAGGGACUGAAGAAGGAGGUGGAGAGGAGAAGAGGAGGUUUGAGUGGCAGGUACUGAUGCCAGAUUCCCAGAGUGAGACGGGGAGACACUGAAACGGGGAGACCGGAGAAGCACAGCACGUGCGGCGGCAUUUUUGGUUAACCGAGAAGACGGAAAAUACAUUCGUAUUCACUCACAGCUGGACAGAUGAGGCGGCAUCAGGCACCACCAUUCAGUCCUGGAAUAUGUGUAAAGGCGCCGUCACACUUCAAGCUCUUUUCACACCAAUCUCCUGUUCCACGCUGCAAUGCUCUCGGUCGUCAUCACUUCAUAAUACGAGGCAGUUACUGCAACCUUCCAGACUUCCAUCUGGAACGAUCAGCACCAGGUGCAAGUGACCCUGCCUGCAAUAGGCGAGGAGUCCAAGAACCAGGGCCAUGACUGGCUCUCCUGGCCCUGGAGGGCGUGCCUUAAUGCCAUGGCAGAAGAUGUGGCGGGGGGUCCUGGCUGCUUCUCUGGUCACCGUCUUAACUUUGACGCUGCCAGGAAGUAGUCAGGCCUGCCCGCCACGUUGCGAGUGCUCGGCUCAGCUGAGGUCGGUGUCGUGUCAGCGGCGGCGGCUCACCAACAUCCCCGAAGGCAUCCCCACCGAGACACAACUCCUGGAUCUCAGCAAGAACCGACUCCGAUGGGUGCAAGCGGGCGAUCUGGCACCGUACCCCCGGCUGGAGGAAGUCGAUUUCAGUGAAAACCUCAUUGCUACAUUAGAGCCCAAUUCCUUCGCCAGUCUGCCCAGUCUUAAAGUGCUGAAGUUACGGGGCAACCAGCUGAAGUUAGUGCCUAUGGGGGCUUUUGCCAAGCUGGGUAAUCUGACCAGCUUGGACCUGAGUGAGAACAAGAUUGUCAUUCUAUUGGACUACACCUUCCAGGACCUUAAGAGUCUAAAACACCUAGAAGUGGGAGACAAUGACCUGGUUUAUAUUUCCCACAAGGCAUUCUCAGGUCUGCUGGGACUGGAAGAUCUCACCAUAGCUCGUUGUAACCUGACAUCCAUCUCAGGCCAAACAUUGUCCUAUUUACGCAGCCUGGUCACCCUCCGCCUCCGUCACCUCAGCAUCACGGCUCUCGAGGACCAGAACUUCCGAAAGCUCUCAAACCUUCGAGGUCUGGACAUCAGUCACUGGCCCUAUCUGGAGUACAUUUCCCCUCUUAGUUUCCAGGGUCUUGACCUCCACUGGCUGUCAAUUACCAACACCAACAUCACUUCUGUCCCCUCUGCUUCCUUCAAAAACAUGGUGCAUCUAACCCACCUCAACCUAUCCUACAACCCCAUCACAACGCUGGAGCCCUGGGCCUUCAGAGACCUGCUGAGGUUGAAGGAGCUCAUCAUGGUCAGCACAGGUUUGACGACGGUGGAGCCCCACGCCCUCGGAGGCCUCAGGCAGCUUCGGGUCCUCAACUUCUCAUCGAAUGACUUACAGACAUUGGAAGAGGGUUCCUUCCACUCUGUCAACAGUCUGGAGACCCUCAGAGUGGAUGGGAACCCUCUCAUGUGUGACUGCCGUCUGUUGUGGAUCCUGCAAAGGCGCAAGACCCUCAACUUUGACGGCAGGGUACCCGUGUGUGCAGGGCCUGUGGAGGUGCAAGGCAUCAGCCUGAGUACCUUCACUGAUUCUGCACUCUUUGAUCAUUUUACAUGCCAGAAACCGAAAAUACGCAACCGCAAACUUCAGCAGGUGACAGCUCGAGAGGGCCAACCUGUGAGUUUUCUCUGUCGUGCCGAAGGAGAACCAGUGCCCGCCAUCAUCUGGAUUUCCCCACAACGCCGACGGAUCACAGCGAAGAGUUCCGGCCGCAUCACCGUUCUCCCAAGUGGCACCCUGGAGAUCCGCUACGCCCAGCUUACUGACAGCGGAACAUACAUCUGCAUCGCCAGUAACGCCGGAGGCAAUGACACCUACUUCGCCACGCUCACAGUACGCGGCCAACCGUUGGACGCCGCCUCAGCCUUUUUUCUCAAUCGCUCUCUGUACAGCGGCGAGUUCUUCAAUGACACAAACCUGAAUAGCACUCGGGUUUUUCUUAAGUUUACCUUGGACCUGACAACUAUCCUGGUCUCCACGGCAAUGGGUUGCAUCACCUUCCUCGGGGUGGUCCUCUUCUGUUUCCUGCUGCUGUUCGUGUGGAGCCGAGGACGCGGCCAACGCAAGAAUAACUUCACAGUGGAGUACUCUUUCCGGAAAUCUGAGCCCGCCACCGGGAGUUCUUCGGGAGGGACCAGGAAAUUCAACAUGAAGAUGAUAUGAAACAACGCAGCCAGGGGUCCCUCGGGGGAGGCAUGAACACGUCCCAAAAACGUGUUUGACACACGCAAACGCACACAGCUGUUGACUCGCACAAAAACAAAGUUUGGCUUCAGUUGAAAUCUAAUUAGCUCUGGCUCAGGCUACAUUAAUUAUAGUUGAUAAAAUUGGCUGAGCUACUGUAUGGAAUAAGGGUAGAUUGUCUCUAGUUAUAUGUAUUUCCCAUCGCUGCUCCUUUGCAGUUGGGAGAUUUAAAAGACUUUAUUUAUAGACUUUUUUCGCUCUCAAGUAAAGUAGGCCUUGUUAAUAAGCAUGUAUUGCAGGUUGAGGUAUAAGUGAUACUUCCAUACAACCGAAUGUUCAUAUAAUCAGAUAGACAGGUCUAAUCCUUCAUUAAUUUUACUAUUUGGAAUGUAUUUAUAUUAAAUUAAAGCUUGAACUUUUAAAUUUUUUGGCAUAUAUUGCAACAACGUUAGCUGUGUGAGUUUGGGACGAGCACACUGGCCGAGAAUUACCAUGACAUUCUGUGUCCAUGUGAUUUUUUUCCAUAAGUCAAGCCCAUCGGACACGGGACGCCAUGGUAACCAAUGUAACCAACACAGCAGAGAGCACUGAAGGGUUUCUGGGUCAAACAGGAAGGAAAGAAGAGGUCAUCUUCUUCCUCUCUUGGGCAUUAAAAGCUGCACCGUGAGCUGCAAUCGACAGGAAAAUGGUGACCUUUUUUGCCCCAGGCCCUAGUCCCUGUUCUCUUCUGCGUGGGUGGACGUCUGACCUUCCAAGUGCUGCCAGGGGGGAGCAGCCUGGAGAGUUGGCACCUAGUCAGAGGCAGACAGAGGACACACAGCGGUCUACACAUGGACACAAACACUCACACAUGCCAAAGCGAUGCGUUUUUAUCAAAACACGUGAAUGUUCUCUCAGGAAAAGCCAAAUUACUAGAGUGGGUAACAGCUACAACAUUCCAGCAAUAAUGCGUGUAGAGCCAUGAAAAUGCAACUCAUUCCCUGGGGAUGUACAUUUAUGCGGGAAGAAACUAAGCCAUAGUAAUUGUGCUUGUUUUUAUACAGUGGUUUGGAUUGGGUGCAGCAAACGGAGUAUAAUUAAAACUAUAAUUAACAGUCUCUUGGCUUGCAUACACUUGUCCAUCCAUUAAGAGCAACCGUAACGACAUAAAUCAACUCAUUCACAACACAGUGAGACUUGACUGCUCUUUCUCUGCCUCUGGCGUGGCCCAGUGUGCAAAUGUCUCUGCCCCCCUAGCCCAGUGCAUCCCCCCUCCUCACCCUCUACCUUCCCCAUACACCCCCACUGGGUCCUCCUUUUGGGAGGGGUCCCUGGCUGGAGACUGCGGAUUCAAAAUGUAAAUGAAGUCGUGUUAACCCUACCCACGCCAUCUGCAUCGUGUAGUGGAGAGUACAUACUGUGAUUUUUUUAUCUGUUGUUUGUCCUCCUGAUUUAAUUGCCUCGGUUGUUGUCGUAUGUGACACUUUCACUGUUGACCCCUUUUAACACUCCCACUCCUCCAUGUUGGGCUGUUCUGUUCUCAACAUAUCAGCUAUGAUAUUUAUUAAGUAAGGCAUAUUCUGAUUGAAUGAAUUAUAUAAAAUAGGUCUUCAUAGUAAAAGUAAGGUGUAACAAUUAAGCUGUGAAUGCCUCAUUUUAUCUCAAUUUCAUAGUAAAAGAGUGGAGCAAAAAUGGAUAUGCACUUAAAGUGGUCAAUCAGCAUUUUCUGUAUUUAAUAGCUGUUUGUGCUUGUGUGAAUUAUACAAUCAAUAACAGAGUCAUGUCACUCAGUGCGUUAUCGUGCACUGAAUAAAUCAAAUGACAGAAAUAAUUUGGUUUUCCAGUUUUCACACCUAAAUUAUAUGCAUUAUCUGCACUGCGACUAUUGGCCAUGUGCUGUGUGCCUCCCAAAACGCUAGAUGGCACUUGUGCUCAUUUUAACGGGGCUUUUCCGGUUGACUUGUUAAGUCACAUAUAAACAAAACGCGUUGCCAAAUCUGAUUAUUAGAAGCGACUUUGGGUUUGUUCUUUUUAAAAAUUAAUUACAUAUUCCCAUGUUGGCAUGGUUUUGGCCUUGUUUUUGUCGUGUUGCUAACAAAUUUGUAAAUUCCCUGUUUACAUUGACAAUUAAGUGCUGGAAACCUGCGCAAGCGCAGAACACACCCCAGCGCCAGUUGACUAGGAAGCAACUAGUUUCCAAUCGUGUAAUCUAGAUAUGUUAAUCUGACUAAAAAGACAAACACAUUCUUAUUAAAGUGUUUCAUGCAUGUUUAAACGGUAGCUUUCCGCCAAUUCAUGCAAUAAUUUCCUUUUUUAGGCGCUCGUCCGCUUAUCACCCACACGCCACCACUCGGACAUCGUGCCCUGAGCUGUACGUCAAUGUCGCCGCCAUAUUGGAUGGGUCAAGGCUGUGCUGUAAAUGAAUAUAGUAAUGUAGUUACUUUCAUAAAGCGCCUUUCUGCAAAGAAAUUUAAGUUAAUUGCUCUCGUUUAUACAUUCACACACGCACUAAUACACUUGGGUAACAGUUAGGCACCAAAAACAACGUGAUUGUUUUUGUUUUUAUACAAUGUGAAUGUGAUUAUUUUUGGUGUCUGUUUCCCAAGUAUAUUAAUGUGUGUUGGAAUGUAUAGACGACAGGAAUUAACUUAAAUGUAUUUGUAGAAUGGUGCUUGAUGAAAGUAAGUACAUUUACAUCCUGAGGAAGACAUGCUAGUACAGAUAGAUAGAUAGACUUUCUUUAUUGUCAUUGCAUAAUAACACAGCAGUGAAAUUGCCGACAAAAUGUCGUUGCCUGGCUCCCGUAUAAUAAUAAAUAAUAAUGGGGAGAAUAAAUAGAUGACAUCAAAUAUGAACAAUGUACAGCGUAAACAGUUAUUUGUAUAAAUAAUUUAGAAUAAAUAAUUUUGCGUGUGGGCAGGUAGAGGGGCUGACGAUCAUCAGACAAAGCCUGAAUGACCUAUGACCUAUGGGAAUAUAGUCGCUCAGUUUUGUUAAUGGGUGAGAGGAGUUAAACAUUUUGUAGGCCUUCCGCAAUGUUGAGAACAGAAUUCCCCCAUCAUGCCCCCCCUCCCAGCCAAGCCACUUGUAUUUCCAUCCAUCCUUAUCCCGCCGUGGAAACUAGGUUUAGAGGACAUGGGGAAUGUCCAUAGUGAUUUGCGAUGGUGUUAUAUUGUGUGCAAAUGUAAAAGUAAAUAGGGGUGAGAUUCAUUGUUAUCCUCCUUCUGCUCCUCUUUUCCAUUCUCCUCCCUUUGGAAAUGUUGACCCCUUUCUUGUUCCUCGUUCACAGUGUUAGGCUGGAGUAUGGUCGUGUGGUAGUAGACACGUGUACUGUGUGCUUGUUGAGUCACUUGUUGUCGUGUUAUGAAUUAUGGCUCUUCUAGAUGCCAUGACGCAGUUGUUAGAUUAGUGAAGUUUAAAAAAUGGAAGGGGUGACCCAGGUUCCUUAAAAAAGAAAAACCCUCUCAUAUAUACCUUACCCACUCCUCAAGCAUCACUGGGACUUUCCUGCUCUGGACUCUGAUAUUUCUCUGGACGUGUGAGUUUUGUUACACCUUGAAGAACAAAACCAUCAUCCAACAUGACUUUGACAUGUCCAGGUCAAGGUUAGAAGGCGAUUGUAUCCACUCCAAAAGAAUCAGCUUGUCUGCAGCUUCAUUGCCAAUGUUUUUUUGCAAGGAAGCAAAGCCUUUUAUUCGACAUGGCUCGACACUAUUCUCAGCAUUUUCUUCCAUAAAGCUCUCAAGUCGCUUUAAAGCUGAAGCCAUCGCCUCACCCUCAGCUCGAUUCAUCCCCUCUGCUGUGAUUCUUGAGAAAGUAGGCUUAGCAAUACAACCCCCACCCCCUAUUUCACUCCUCCGGUUCGUCCUUGCCUGGGGUUGGUUUAUCAUCGUGGAGAAGCUCCAUUUACAGCAGCAGCAGUCUCACUAUUAGUAUAUGUUCCUGUGGGGGAUGCUUCAAAAUAAGACAAACCCCAGUUGCCAAAAUAAAAAAAGAAAUGGUGCGGCUAUCAGUUAGGCCUGAAUUAUUUAGCUUUUAGCUUUUUUUUACAUAAUUUUUUGUCAUUUGUCAUUAUUUUGGUGCAGAAAAUGUAAUUUUUUUACUGUCACCUUUGAGAUUAAGGGUUUAAAGCCCUAGCCUUCUGUCAUUGUGACUAUAUAUCGCCUCCAAAUGAAUUCAUCUCCCGCUCCAGCUCCCACAGCUGCUAUUUUGAUUGGAUUAGUCUUGAGUUGAAUUAGCAUAGCUGAGGGGAGCAUUAAUAGGAUGACAGGGAAGCAAGCUUGGCUGAUGUGGUGAUUACUUAGCCCAUUAGUCACAUUUCCAAAACAGACCUCUCUGAGCGGGGCGCCAUGGAAAUACUGGCUUCUCUGCCAUUCUAAUUUGAACAAAGAGCAAAUAUAGACACAAAUACAAAUUGUCGUUCAUAUAGUUCAAUUUGAAGAGUCGUGUAGUGAAGCUAUGACGGCUGCUUUUGGUUGUACUGGACCUACUACUGCUUCAGCUUAGCCUUGACUUAGUGGGACAGUACUUCCCUCUAGUGGCGAUUUAUUGUAACUGCAAGAUAUUCUGCUGCUACUAGGCAACAGCUUUUGGUAUCUGGUAAAAAAAAAAAAUUAAAAAAAAAGAUGAACAGACCAAAUUGAUCAAUGCUUGAUUGAUCCGAUUGAUCACAAAUCAAAAGCAUCGCAGAUGAUGAAAAACUGCUUUCUUGUCAUCAUAGCAGGUGAAAUCUAUGCAUGCCUUUUCUAUACACUCAUUACCUGCAUCUAUACAGUAAAGGGGGCCACAAGUGGAACAGUGUUGCUGAAACAAGCCGCCACAUGAAACCAGUCAAACAAGUGUGGCCAUAAAAAUGGAACCAUUCACAUGGGAUGACCAUGAUCUUAACACACACAGAAUGUCCUCAGACGUGUUAAAAAAGAGUGUAGAUAAUAGUGAUUGGUAUUCCAAGCGGCAUGGCGGGACUGAUCAAUGCUGUGUGGGGAUCGGAUUAUCAAUGGUGUACUUUCAUUGAUUUCACUUGGCACUGGUUGAAUUCCUCUGGAGUAGUAGGGGGUGUAAAGAGAGCCGGUUGUCACGCAUUCCUAUGUUUACAAUGUACAUUUUAAUAUGAAUCAACAACAUGUUGGUGCCAUAGAGUUUCUUAAUUUCUCUCUCACAUCUCUAAUCUUCAGAGAGAACUCUGCAUUUGUUCAAGCGCUGCAAUAUAAAUAUAGACCAUAUUUAUUGGCUCUGUCCUAAGUGGCCUGUGAAACUUCUUGGAAUGGUUGCGAAGCGCUCCAACUUAAUGCAGAGCUGAUGUAAAAGCAAAGCGUUCCUGUUUUAGAUUGAAUGGCUCACACCAGGCGACCAUUAAAGCAUUUCACUAGCUUAUAAAAAAGAGACUAUACGUGGACUCUGUGGACUCACUGAGCAUCCGGCUUGCUAUAUAGAAAUGUGAGAAUAAGAGAGUGUGUAUAUAUGCUACAUCUAUUAGCCAUAUCGUGUCAUCAAAAUCUGUAGACUUUAUUGCCAUGUCUGACAGAGGAAAAUGACUGUUGACUGUAAAUAUUGUAGGUAUAGAAAUAGAUUUACUUGUAAGUAGUCCUUUUCUCUGGGGAUGUUUUGCUCAGAUCUUUAACUGCUUGGUCUCCAUGGGAAGGAAAAAGACAAUAAUGUACAAUUGCCAAUAAAAAAAAAUAGUUCCUUUUUUUCAUUGUAUGUUUUAUAUACUGUCUGUCUUGUAAAGUUAGUCAUUUUUGUCAUAAAAGCAUGAUGUGACUCUGUCGAAAGUGUUUUGUGACUCUUGUUGUGACCUCAGAACACAAAGCAAACACAAAGGGUCAUCUAAACAAUAGGAAUUAUAUAAUAAAAUAUCAUAAAAAUAUGUUUUCAAGUUCUUUGUAAAUGGUUUACA